AUGAGCAUCCCCACCGGCAUUCGUCUUGGUCCUCAGCUUUAUCAUCCUCAGCAUUCAUCUUGGUCCUCAUCAUUAUUAGCAUUCAUCUUGGUCCUCAUUAUCAUCAUCAUGAGCAUCCUCACCGGCAUUCGUCUUGGUCCUAAGAAUUAUCACCAUCAGCAUUCAUCUUGGUCCUCAUUCAUCUUGGUCCUCAUCCUCAUCAGCAUCCUCACCGGCAUUCAUCUUGGACCUCAUCAUCCUCAUCAGCAUCCUCACCGGCAUUCUUUUUGGUCCUCAGCAUUAUCAUCAUUAGCAGUAUUCAUCAGCAGCAUUUAUCAGCAGCAUUCAUCCAUUCAUCUUGGUCCUCAUUCAUCUUGUUCCUCAUCAUCAUCCUCAUCAGCAUCCUCACCGGCAUUCUUUUUGGUCCUCAGCAUUAUCAUCUUUAGCAGCAUUCAUCAGCAGCAUUCAUCUUCAGCAUUCAUCUUGGUCCUCAUCAUCAUCAGCUUUCGUCUUGGUCCUCAGCAUUAUCAUCUUCAGCAUCCUCACCGGCAUUCGUCUUGGUCCUCAUCAUUAUCAUCAUCCUCAGCAUCCUCACCGGCAUUCAUCUUGGUACUAAGCAUUAUCAUCAUCAGCAUUCAUCUUGGUCCCAUCAUGAGCAUCCUCACCGGCAUUCAUCUUGGUACUAAGCAUUAUCACCAUCAACAUUCAUCUUGGUCCUCAUCAUCACCUGCAUCCUCACCGGCAAUCGUCUUGGUCCUCAUCAUCAUCAUCAUUCCAUUCAUCUUGGUCCUCAGCAUAAUCAUCAUCAUCAGCAUUCAUCUUGCCCCUCAUUAUCAUCAGCAUCAUCAUCAUCAGCACUCAUCUUGGUCCUCAGCAUUAUCAUCACCAUCAGCAUUCAUCUUGGUCCUCAGCGUUAUCAGCAUCAGCACUCAUCUUGGUCCUCAUCAUCAUCAUCAUCAUUCAUCUUGGUCCUCAUCAUCCUCAUCAUCAACAUCAGCAUUCAUAUUGGUCCCCAUCAUCACCAUCAUCAGCAUUCAUCUUGGUCCUCAUCCUCAUCAGCAUCCUCACCGGCAUUCAUCUUGGUCCUCAUCAUCAUCAUCAUUAUUCAUCUUGGGUCAUCAUCAUCAUCAACAUCAGCAUUCAUAUUGGUCCUCACCAUCAUCGUCAACCCUAAAGCUUUAG